AUGAUCGCUUGCUUCUUUUUAGGCAGUGUGGUGGCCUAUGGCUUGGUGAUGGCCAUCUACCGACUCCACAUCCAUCCCCUCAGCAAAUUCCCGGGACCAUGGCUGGCAUCUGUCACCGGUCUAUACGAAAUGUACUUUACUGCAUGGGGAACUGAAUCAUUCGAAGAUAAGAUCGAUCGAAUGCACCUAAAAUAUGGACCGGUGGUGCGUAUAACCCCCGACGAGAUCCAUGUCCAAGAACAAUUCCACAACACCAACUACGCCGAUGGAUGGAUCAAAGGCUCCAAGGCUUUGGAUUCAGGCCGAGCCUCUCCAAUCCGGCCACGAUCGAUCUCCCGAAUGCGAUCAAUUCUCCAAAUGGAGGUUCGCCAGAUCAUUCGUCGUCUGGCUCAAAAACACCAGGUACACCGGCUGUUCAAUGCACGCAUCCAGCCGUUAAUCCCCCUGGGAAUGCAUGAACCGCGGGUUGAUCCCUCGGACGAAAGCGAACUAGAAGACGGCUAUCACAAUGUCGCUCGUCAAAUACCUCAAAUACCCGAUAGGCGCUCGGAGAUCUACACCCCUGCAUCUGAGUCAUGA